UUGUCACUUGACUUUACUGUCUGUCUGUAUUUAAUCAAUUGAGCUUUGUUUACAACUUGCUUUUUGUCUAUUUCUACACCAUGGUCUUCUGCUUUGAGUGCUUCAUGUGCUUCAUAUGGAGUCUGUAUGGACAGCUCUGCGAGAGUCAGUUCUAUAUCAUAGCGCUGGCCUCUAUCGCAGCUUUGCUGAUGCUCUGCAAUGUUCACACAAGUUUCAUGAUGUGCACACCGGGCAAUGGCUGCGCUCUGGACGUGAGUACGACCACAAGCAGUGCGGUGGGAGCGGGCUACGAUUAUAGUGUGGAGCGUGGACCGCAUACCUGGCACGUUGCUGAGAGCAAUCAGAGUCCCAUUAACAUUGAGAGUCGCGAGGUGCAGCGGAUUAACUUUGACAUGCCGCUGAACUGGGUGGGCUACGACAAGUUGCCGUUGGGCGUUCGGCUGGAGAACAAUGGGCAUACGCUGCUGCUGCGCGCCGCCUACGAUGGCGCCUCGCCUUUCAUAGAUGGCGCCGAUCUGCUGAGCUGCUUCAGCUUCCAUGAGAUUAGCUUUCGCUGGAGCUGGCACGACGGCGAAGGAUCGGAGCACACGCUGGACAAUCAACAUUAUCCGCUGGAGAUGCAGUGUCUGCAUACAGACGCCGCUGAUCGUUGCCAUGCCUCCAGCCGUGGACUGUUAGUGGUGUCCUAUUUGUUCACCUUGUCAGUGGAGAAUCCUUUUCUGAAUGUCAUUAUACGUUACUUGGUCGCCGUUCAGCAGGCGGGCCAAUGCGCCGAGAUUCCGCCCUUUCCACUCAACUAUCUAAUGCCGACCUUCUACUCGGACUUCUAUAGCUAUCAAGGCUCGCUGACUGAACCGCCUUGUCAUCGUGGCGCCGAGUGGUUCAUCUCUCCCAUUCCGCUGGCCAUUAGCGAGCGUCAGCUGCAUGAAUUUCGCAAGCUGCGCAGUCGCAGCGGCUCUCGCAUUGAGCGCAAUGCGCGUCCUGUCCAAGAUCUCUGCGAUCGCAUCGUGAACUUAAAUCGUUAUCGUCGUGUAUAGUUGGCCAAGUAAACAAGUGUAAUAAAUUGAAUAAAGUGUCUGCUUUGUGUAAAGAUAUAAA